CCAUAAUAACGAUAUGUAGUCGUGAAUUACUCGUGGUGUUAGUUUUCCGUCGAUAACUACUCGGCUCAAUUCCGGAAUUACUCGUGUUACUGCAGGAAUGCAGUGGGUAUGUGAAGCGGAUAUGAGCAAUUGAUUCGACACUUCUCUUCCGUAGAAUUCACGAUUUUCGUAGACUUGACGAUGGUUUAACCGCUUUCAGCGCUCCUGGUGAAUCAAUAUAGGAGUGGACGUGAUGUUUUCAGUGAACUUGGCGAAGCAUUAGACAAACAAAACACCAUGAGCGUUCCGCUUCGUGCCAACAUCUCUCGCGGAAAUCCCGAGAAGGUGUUCGAUUUGAUCGAAAAAGUUGGAGGUGGAACAUAUGGAGACGUUUUUAAGGUUCGGAAUUGCCUGAUUUGUUUUCUCUAAAACGGUUGAUUGGCUUAAUCUUCAAUAUUUCAGCCAUGGGUAAAGUUCGGCCGUACAAUUUCACUGAUCGCAAUGAAAACUUUCUCUCUAGGCCAGAGUCAUCUCUACAGGGGAACUGGCUGCAGUGAAAGUUGUAAAAGUCGAACCAGGUAAGAAAUCUCUGAUUUAUGACUCUUCCUUAAUUGAAAUAAUGUCUACGAUUCCAGUAUUAAGAAGGUGGGUGUUAAAACCAGACAGAAUAGGCUUCUAACAAUUUAUUAUAUACAGUCUUAAAGUAAUCCCUUAUUUCAGUUUUUGAAGGGGUAUUCAAUUUCGACUUCGAGCAAAUGUCAUGUCACCUAAUUUGUUCCUUUGGAUGGUUUACCAGUCUCUCGAAUCAUGACAUCGUCCUCACAGAUUACAUUUCCAUCAUGUAUAAGUCGCUGUUCUUGCAACUGAUCGUAAAAUGGAUUUGUUUCCUCUGAUGUUUUAUUGUACGUUUACGUUCCUGACCUUUAAUGAUGCAAAUUUUUCACAUCAUGCAAUUGUGAAAUCAAUAUUAAUUUCCAUCUCGUUUGCAAAAACAAAACAGCAAAUGUUACUUUGAUUAUUUAGAAUUAUUUUACACAUGCAGAUUAAAUGGCGUUCUAGAGAUUAAAAAGCCAUUUAUAUAAAGGCGUUUUAUUUUGAUGUCGCCACACUGUAAUUCAAACAUAAUUCCUACUUCAGAGAAAGUAUUCUAAAGUGAUGAAGAUGGAGGAUUGUUUAUAGUUUAUGAAUGGGACUAAAAUUAUUGCAAAGCUCUUAAAUGAGGGCAAUAUAAAUUUUUGAUAUUAAUAUAGAUUUCUCCUUAGACUUUUUUUACUUUGAGAGCUAGAUUUCAUGCAAAUGUUUCAAAUGAAAUUCCAUGUAUGCUACUAAACUAGGCUAAUAUCUUCAGUCACGUUGAGGAAUUUCAGAAGGGAAACCUCCCGGGAUGGAAGAGGUUGUUAUUAUUUGUAUAAAUUAAUUCAUUUUUAUACUUGAAAAUUGCUGAAAUAGGUGAGAAAAAUCAUCAUAUGCACAAAUGAUUUAAAAUCAUUAUCAACUAUGUAAGUUAAGAUUGUGUCACAAUUUUUGCUCAAGUGAUGUUUCAUGGUUGCAACUUUGAUAUUUGCACAUCCAAUUUUUUAUGAUUGCAACUCUUGUGGAGUGGGGGGGGCACCUGAUUAACAGGAAACAAAGGUAGGUUUAAGAAAUAUUAAAUAAUUUCUUUAUGCUUCUCCCUGUUAUAGAAUACAUGUACUCACUGACUUAAUGUGAGGGCUGGGCAGAACAAUAUUUGGCUUGAGCACAAGGUCCACAGAUCAUGCCUGGGAGAAAAAUAUUUUCCUGUCCUGGGCUAACUUUUAAACUGAUAAGCAUUUGUCAUUUGACCUCCAAUUUUUUCUCUGUAAGCUGGACAAGAGAGACUGUUCUUGAUAAAACUUUACAAUUUUGAAAAAUUCUUACGCACAAUGGAAGUCAUAAAAGUGAAUUUUUCUUGUUCUGAUUUUUCCAGGUGAUGAUUUUGAACUGAUUCAGCAAGAAAUUGCCAUGAUGCAAAACUGUCAGCAUCCAAAUAUCAUUCAGUACAUAGGCAGCUAUCUCAGGUAUAUAAAAAAUAAAGAGUGACUAGCAUCUAAUUUCUCCUCACAAUAUCACCCCUGAAUCAAGUAUUAAGGUAAGGAGAAUGAAAGAAAUGAUCAGCGACCAAAGACGCUUUUGAUUGUUAAACAAAUUCUCCUUGUCAGCACUUUAAGAAAUGUGUAGAGCAUAGAACGGAAAAUGUUGAUAUCAAUAGUAAGAACCAAUUGUUAAUUCUCCCCUCCAGCUGCUUAACAUUUCUUUGUAAAUUAGUUAUGAGAACUUGGUGCUAGAUCAGGAUAACAGCUUCUACUUGAUAAGUUUAAAUAUUUUCAUUACCUUUUUGCUGAAUAGUGUAUGGGUAUUACAAGGAAAAGUUUCAUGUUGAUCACAUCUGGGAGUCAAAGGGUUAAACUUAGAUGGCCCAAACACAUUUUCAGGGUAUAGAAGUUUUUCACUUCUGAUAUUCAGCUUUGCAAAGUGGUAACUAUGUGUCAAAGAUCCGAUCAAGGGUUUCUUCAAAUUGGAAAGUUUGUGUGAAAUUAUGCACAAUAAGGUUGUGCAGUGCAAUAUUGUGAAAUGACCCUUUUUGUGUUUCUAGGAGAGACAAGCUAUGGAUAGCAAUGGAGUUCUGUGGGGCAGGAUCUGCACAGGACAUUUAUUGUGGUCAGUAAUAAUUAUGAAUUUACAUUCGAGUCAUGUACCUAUCAGUUGCACUUGGCUUCUUUUUCUUGACUGAAAAAUCUUAUUUUAAUCAGGAGCAGACUCAGAAAUUUGUAAUAAAGGUGUGCAUGCUUUGUUUCAGAAAAUACAGACUUUUUUCACCACAGUUUAAGUAAGCUAAGAAAUAUUUCAAAACAACUAAAUUGUAUAUACCAUUUACCGAUUAGCAACGUACAUGCACAAUCUUGUUGUUGCCAGAAUGUUGGUGUCAGACAAGUUGCCCUGAAAAAAAAAACCCUAAUAUUUCCUCCUCCCUAGAAUCAUAACUGUUAAAAAGUAUUAAUAGUUUUUAUUUGUUUUAUUUUCCAUUCAGUUACUGGACCAUGUAGUGAACCUCAGAUUUCUUUUAUUAGUGUUGAAACUCUGAAGGUAAGUUGUUUCUCCAAUUUAUUUCAGUCAUGCACACAAGGCCCUGGAAAGAAGCACCCCUGACCUCUUGAACAUUUGACCCUUUAACUACCAAGAUUUCAUUGGUAAUUCUCCUUACUGUCUGCUAUACAAUUAUUAUGAUGUCAACUUGGAGAAUUUGGUAUUGGAUCAACUAAUAAUCCUCUAAUUUAUAUUUUACUUGAUUCUCAUCACUUCUAUGCUUGAUACUGUAUUGAUAUUGUAAGGAGAAAUUCCCUCCUAGUCACUCAUGGGAGGUAAAGGGUUAAGAGUGAUUAAUAUCUUACUUCUCCUUACAGUGUCAGCCUUAAAUAAAACAUUUGAAUUAUAAGAAUAAAAGGAAAUGAUCACCAAUGAAGGAGCUCUUGAUUGUAAAACAAAUUCUCCUAGUCGGUACUGUUGGAAAUAUAAAGAAAACAGUAUGGAGAACAUGGAUACUGACUUAUGGAUUUAACAUGACCCUUAAGAGUGACUAACAUUGAAUUUCUCCCAACAAUAUUACCCCUGAAUCACAUAUAAAGAUCACAAGAAUAAAGGAAAUGAUCACCAACCAAAGAAAAUCUUGAUUGUUAAAAUAAGUUCUCCUUAUCUGUAUCUUAGGAAAUGUGUAGCGAACAGAAUGGAGAAUAUGCAUACUGAUGUCAGGGUGUAAAGGGUCAAAAAUCUCUCUUUCUCUGUACCACAGGGUCUUGCCUACCUCCAUGAGAAGAACUUAAUGCACCGUGAUAUCAAGGUAGAUACCACACACUGUCAUGAAUAUGACAAAAAGAAACUCCAUCAACAGAAAAGAAACAGGGCAUAAUCUUCUUUUAUCCAAAAAUGAGAUGGAUGUCAUUUGCUUGUUUGUUUGUUUGAUUUGUUUGUUUUGUUUUUUUUUUCUUUUUGUGGGGGGAAGGGGCUAUAUUACAAAUAAUUUAUUUAUUAUGUAAUAUUUAUCUACAUUACCUGAAAAUUUUUCUCAGGGUGCAAACAUCCUGUUGACAGCACAAGGCAACAUCAAGUUAGGUGAGCUGAUAUCAGGUCUUGUCGUUGUUUAUACAGUGUAGCUUCCACAUGUUAACCCUUUGACUCCCAGAAGUGAUUUAAAACUAAUUCCUCUCCACAAUGUCCAUACAUUUUCCAGCAAACAGGUAAUGAGAAUACUUAAACUUAUCAGGUAGAAGUUGUUACCUUGAUCUAACAUCAAAUUCUCAUAACUUAUGUACAAGGAAAUGUGUAGCAGGUAGAUGGGAGAAUUCACAAUCAGAUAAACUUAUCAGGUAGAAGUUGUUACCUUGAUCUAACAUCAAAUUCUCAUAACUUAUGUACAAGGAAAUGUGUAGCAGGUAGAUGGGAGAAUUCACAAUCAGAUAAACUUAUCAGGUAGAAGUUGUUACCUUGAUCUAACAUCAAAUUCUCAUAACUUAUGUACAAGGAAAUGUGUAGCAGGUAGAUGGGAGAAUUCACAAUCAGAUAAACUUAUCAGGUAGAAGUUGUUACUUUGAUCUAACAUCAAAUUCUCGUAACUUACUUACAAGGAAAUGUGUAGCAGGUAGAUGGGAGAAUUCACAAUCAGAUCUUGGGAGUUAAGGUUAAUAUAAUUUUCAAGUAAAAACAUUGUGCUUACAUUAAAUUUCUUUUUGUUCAUAGCUGAUUUUGGCAUUGCUGCCCGGAUAUCAGAGACCAUGACAAAAAGAAAGUCAUUUAUAGGAACUCCUUACUGGUGAGUUUUUUGGUCCUUAAUCUUUUAACACCUAGAAGUGAUUAACAUGUAACUUCUCCCCACAUUGUCUAUAUAUUCUCCAACAAACAGGUGAUGAGAAUACUCAAAUUUAUCAGGUAUAAGCUGUUAUCUUGAUCUAACACCAAAGUCUCAUAACUUAUUUACAAGGGAAUAAGGGGCAGCUAGAGGGGAGAAUUUACAAUCAGAUCUUGGGAGUGAAAGGCUCAUAAACUUGCCAGAUCACAAUUUGUCUAUUUGUGUUGGGGAAUACUUUUAAUAAAUUCAAAUUAAAUCUUUGUGGUAUGUGAACAGUCUUUUUUUGGAAGCUGGUACAGAAUUUAUAAAUACCUGGAAAACCUCAGGAAAAUCCCCAUGUUGGAUAUAAGGAAAAAAGUUAAAAUUUUGCGGCAUACUGCAUAUUUGUGAUCAUUAUUACAUGACAGAUUUCUUCUUUAUAACAGGAUGGCACCAGAGAUGGCAGCUGUAGAGCGACUGGGAGGGUAUGACUUAAAGGUACUUAUGGUCACAAUAUAGUAACUCUAACUUGUAUUUGAAUUUCUUUCCCUCAUAAGACCAUCUCCAUCAAACGUCUUCGAGUCAGUCUGACAAUGGGAAACAAAAAAUUUAAACCCUUUAUCUCCCAUAAGUGACCAAGACAGAAUUUCUCCUUACAAUAUCAAUACAAUGUCAACCAGAUAAGUGAUAAGAAUAUAGCAAAAUAUCAAUUUGGGGAUAAUAAGUUGAUCCAAUACUAACUUCUCUGAACUAACAUUAUAAGAAUUUUAUGGUUGACAUUUAGGAGAAUUACAAAUUUGAUCUGGGAGUUAAAGGGUUAAUUGGAAUGGUCAAGGGAUGAAAAUGUGUCACAUACAAAAAGUCAUGUAACAUUCGUAAUUUUUGAAAUGGUCACAAUCAUUCUUUUUGUUACAAGCUUCAUUGCAAGCAUUCUCUGCUCGUAUUUGUUUUUCAUGCCUUGUCUUUCUAACCUUAUGUGAUUUCUCAACACUAGAAAAAUGAAAACAUACUAUUUAAUGUCCAAAAUUUUUUUGUUUAAAUUUAAUUUUUCCAUUGCAUGCUCAUAUGUUCAUGUUUUGUAUGUUGUGAAUGGUACGUUGGUUAGAUGUAGUGUCUUGACUGUUUGUCAUUUUUCUUCAAUUGUACAAAACUCUAGACAUGCAGUGUACAUAUCAUAGAAUGAUGUAGAAUUUUCAUUAAGAAAUGGAGUGACAGGAGAACAGUGUAAAGUAAUCGGAGAAUAUUCUUCACAUUUGAGUAAAAAAUAAGCUAUUAAAAUUAGCCAAAGAAUUCCAGCAGCCUGAGAACUGUCCAUUUCCUUGGCCAAAACAAAAACACCAAAUGCUCCUUUGAACCACCAAAACUUUCAGAUGUUUAUUACUCUACAUGAUAGCAACACAAUGCGAUUUAACUUAAUUACCAAUACUCCUUAACAAUUAUUUGUUUUAUUAUUAGUGUGAUAUUUGGGCAGUUGGCAUAACAGCCAUUGAACUAGCAGAGCUUCAACCUCCCAUGUUUGACUUACAUCCUAUGAGGUGAGUUCAAAACUCUUCCUUGCAUUUGAUAAAUAUUUCCUCAAAUUUUUAAAUUAACGUGGCUUACAAUGUAGGCCAGGCUUAGCAAAGGAGCUAUAACAUUCAGAUAACACAAGAAAGGGAAGGAAAAAAAGGGAAAGAAACGGAAUUGCUAUCGUAAGACAAAGAUAAGAUCUGAGUUACCCUCGAGGGAUCAAACCCUAGAGCUUUGGAUAAUGGUUCGGAUGAUCUAUAAGAUAAAACAGGAGUUGGGUACAGGAUAACUAGUUAGUAAACUGAAUGAACAAAAGCGAUCUUCACAGAAGCAGUAGCAAAAAUGAGGCCUAAAAAAAAUUGAGGACUGUACAGGAUUUGAACUCAUGACCUCUGCGAUACCAGUGCAGUGCUCUUAGCUACUAACUGAGCCCACAAGCCAACUGGGAGCUGUCAGUAAAACAUUUUUUUUACUUCUUUCAUUUUGAAGGGCAUUAUAUUACAUUGGAAAAAGAAGUUUUGUACCGCCUACUUUAAAAGACAAGGACAAAUGGUUAGUAUUGUUACUGUGAACUUUUUCAUGCAAUGACAAGGAUACUAGUGCUGACAACUUUCUUUGCUGAUGUCCAUGUCUAAUACAAGUAGGCAUGUCCACAGGUUGAAAAGAUUGUGGGAAUAUUGCCAAUAUGUCACAGUCUAUAAUAUCAUGGCAAAACUGCCCUGUCUGUUUUUAUAAAAUAGACUCAUAACACUUAACUGACAAACAACUUCCCUUUUGACUCUUGGUGAGGUCUCCACAGUUUGUCAAAAUGUCAGACACUGCUAUGGACAGCAGUCCUCAUCAGGGCGAGGACUACUCUCUCUUUAGCAAUCAGACUACAUAAUUGGCAUGACCUCACUUUUUUCUUUCCUCAGCAAUCAGACUACAUAUUUGACAUGACCUCACUUUUUUCUUUCCUCAGCAAUCAGACUACGUAUUUGGCAUGACCUCACUUUUUUCUUUCCUCAGCAAUCAGACUACAUAUUUUGCAUUAAGUCACUUGUCCUCUCACAGCCAUAAAAUUCUUGUCAUUCCUUAUCCUUCUACUCUUCUUACCAAUUUCACUCUCCUCCCAUGAUUCUGCGUAUCUUGUUCAUGGCCACUUAUUACUCUCAUCUGAACAAUCAGACAUCACCAUUGUCCAUUGACAAUUUAAACAAAUUUUGACAUUUAAUUUUUCUAGGUCCCCAGAACUUCAUAGUUUUCUAAAGACAGCUCUACAGAAAAAUCCAAAGAAGAGACCCACUGCAGACAGAUUGUUAACAGUAAGUGCACUUUAUUCCAAAGUUUUAUUUAUUGCUUUAAUCCCUGUGGCUAACUUGUCUAGCAUCUAACUUCUCACCAAGGUUUCACUGCUGAAUCCUCACUCAAGAAUUAAAGAAAUGAUCACAAGCUUGAAAAUGCUUUUGAUUUUCCAGCUGAAUUCAGUCUAGCAAGCUUAGUCACCUUGGCAGGUUUAUUGCAAGAGUUCUUAAAAUUGAUGCUUGGUCUCAAAGAGAUCUCUGAAGGAAAAAGUGUAUGCACCAAAUUUUUACAUUAUCAAUGGGGAAAUUUGCUCCAAGUAGUGUGGAAAAUGAACUAGUUGUUCCGGUUGUAAUGGAGUCGAUUUUUCUGAAAUGUUUUUUGGUUUUUUGAUCACUUUUCUCUGUCAUGAAUCUUACAUAACUUUUCUGUUACAGCAUCCAUUUUGUGGCCAUGGCUACACCAGAGCAGUUAUACAGGACUUGUUAGACACAUACAAGAGGAAAAAAGGAGAUAAGGGGAAUAUCGCAGGACCAGGUGAUGAUGAUGAUGACGAAGAUGAUGCUGCUCCAGUUGAUGAGGUAAGAUUAUUAAGAUCUGUCAUGUGACUACUGCAGCUGUUUCCCAGGGUUGUACUAAAGAAAGUAGGCUGCCAGCUGAAAUUUCAAGUGAGGCAGUGCAAAGAUACAGUUUAUUAUUGAACAAUUGUAAGCACACAAUCUCAGGUGCCUGUUGCACUUUUUUCGAACAACUGCUAGCCAAAAAUACAGCUGGUGAUUGCCUGUAUCUCAUGCGGUGAAUUUGACUGGCAGCAGGGGCUUAACAACAACCCUGGUUUCCUAUAUCCCGUGCAUUUUUUCCAUCAAGCUUCUUGUGGCACCAUUUAUUGAGCUGUGGAGCUUUUUCAAGCCCUGCUUUAGACAUUGUGUGUGGCCAUCAAACUUACAUGGUUUUUCCAGCGUUUGCAAGGCCUUUCAAGUCACAUGACAAUUAAAUUGUUGCUUGUAUUUUGCAUGUGGAGUUGAUUCUGCAAUGUUUAGUGGAUAAACUUUGAUUAUGUUACAGAAUGUCCAAGUUCUUACAAGAAUUAGAUCCAGGAAAAUACCUGAGAAAAAUCUAGAAAGAAGCAGCAUAUCAGGAUCUCAAGGAAAGUGUAAGUGCACCAUACAACUUCAAUUAAAUCUACUGUUAAUCACAAUAGAUUUCAAGUGAUACCUACUCUAAACACAAAUGUACAGAAUAUGCCUGCCACUUAAGUUACAUUUAAUCUUGUCCUUAAAAUCAUCCAUUUAGAAACAUUUAAGGAACAAUUCCUGUGUAUGAAAUCCAAUUUCCCCCGCCCCUUGUCCCCUGCCCCAUCAAAAUUUUUAUUUAAACUUCCCCUGUUAUGAUGCUUAGCCUUCUUCCCAUGAUCUCCAACUGUACCGUGGGUGUGUCAAGUGUUUCGAGCAAAAACUCUUAUCUAAUGGGGAUUUUUCUUUAACAUGCAGUAGAUGGAGUGCAAGUGGAGCCAAUCAUAAGCAGAGAAACAAGACCACAACAUCAGGUAAAAAAGUCAUCCCACUGUGUUGCUUGAAAAUAUGGUACAAGUUUUAUUUUAGGGAUUUGCAGUCUUUUUUGUAUUUUGUUGGAACAAUAUUUUCCAGUUUACCUGUACCCAUUUGAUAUACUCCUGGAUGGAGAGAAGCACAGCACAAUGACCUGUCAAAGUCUUGGACCCAAACCUGUCAAACUGGAGGUCACCUUGCCAACCAUUGGACCACUGCAUCUCCCACAAAGAAGAGGGGUUGGGAGUUGGAUUCAUUAUGAUCUAAAACUCAGUUAAGGGUCAUAAUGUAUCAUUCGUAUCUCUUUCUUUUAUUACCUACUUCAAUAGGCAGAGAAUGGGUCAUCAGGAGUACAAAAUGGGGAAAUAAGCAUGGACAAGUAAGACUAUUAUACUAAUAGUGAAGCUAACGGACAUGAAGUCUUUUGCACAGAUUGGUGACAGUAAUGUUAUUACAUGUACUUGGUGUCACUUUUAGUCAUAUUUGAUAGAAAUAAGAUGACAUAACAGUACUCUCAUUAUUUCAGUGGUGAAGACAGUGGAACAAUGAAAGUUCUUUGUGAAGACCAGGGUGAUGAUGAGCCCCCACCCUUACCUCCUAAGGUUUGAUCUUCUUCAACAUGCUUCAGUGUGAUCUUCUCUUGUAACAUCUUGUCAAGUGAAUGCCAUAGAUCCAAGUAGCCUGUCAGUAAUCUCAUAAUUUUGUUUCUGUAAUUAAUUUCUUGUUUCCUCCCAAUAGUUAAACAGGAAUUCUCAUUACCAAGUGCCACAGCCUAGCAUGAAACCAGUUCCACCUCCAAAGCCAGUACAUCUGAAGCUGUCAAGAGUAGUAAGUGCACAAGAGGGGGGCCAACGAUCGUCUCAACCAAAGCCAAGAAAAUACUCUGAUAUAGAAGGGCCUAGCAGCAGAGUCCCUCCACCAAGUAUUCCCCCACCGGUUAGUAGUACUCGAAUGUAGUUUUACCGAUGUACCAGCAAUAUAUUUAUGACAAGUUUAGUUCUUAGUGACUCAAUCGAACUCCUCUACUAAACAUUGUUGCCAAUGGUCUUGUAAAUAAAGUGUACAAACAUGGUACAUUGAGAACGGAACAACUAAUGACAAGAUUGGAAAUAACUUAGGAAUAGCAUAAGAAAUACAAACAACAGAGGAAAUGCAAAUGACAUAGGACAUGAGAGACACUCUAUGAAAGGGCCAUUUACCUGAGGAUUUGGGGAUACAUCUGGCAUAAAGAAUGCACUCAUAGUUCCUUGUCAACUCAAGCUAACACCUAUUUAUUCAUAUUGUGGUAAGCAAUGGUCAAAGAGGAAACUGAGUUCUGUGCAAGGAAUAGAACCUUGCAUGUUUGGAAUUGGUGCUCCAAUGCACUACCACUGAACGAAAAAAGAUCUUUUACUGUUGAUACUCAUACAAUAAUCAUACAUGACCAGGGUCCUGCAGACUACAUUUAAGAUUUAAUUAGCUGUGAAUUACCCACCCCUUGUGUCAAAAGAUAAUUCUUUUAUAUGUUCUUACUGAAAAUAAAGGACCUGUGUAACAAUUUUCCAUUUCAUUCAUGCAGUCCUCAACAUGUUACUGCAAAGUAAAUGAAACAUGGCCAAUAAUUUAUUCCAAUUCAACAAUUGGUUGAUAUAAUGUUCUAAAAGAAGACUUGUAAGUGUCCAGUGUAGGGAAAAAAACAAUAAUACUGAAAACCUAAUGUUCUUAAAAGAUGUCCCAGUGAUGCAUGUUGUUGAUUUGCAGAAACCUCCAGUUGGAGCCAGAGUAUCAGACCCAGGAAGAUUCUCUUCUGGCAAGAAAACUUCUGUGAGUGUUUCAUUUUGUUUCUGUGUUAUGUGGUCUCAAGGAAUCUUCCUGAACAGUCUCUCUUGAUUAUAGGAAGGAAUUGAUUGCAAAGAAGCAUCAACCCCCCCCUUUAUUUUUCCUCCAACUUGUUCAUUAUUCAGAGGGAACCCAAAGGGUUACUCCUUUGUAGUAGAGACAGAGAAGUGUUUAUUCCUCUUUGCAAGGAAGGGGGGGGAAGAGGUGGGGGUAUUAAAUGCUUAACUAGGGUGUGGUGGGUUGCUCUCAUGGGUCAGAGACUUUCUGGUAAAUUUUGUGGGUAGGAUAGUAAUCACAAUAAGAAAUUCUCAGGGGGGAGGGAAGCCUGCUGUCACAAGACAGGGACAUAGCCAGGGGGGUCCUGGGGUGCUCGUGGACCCCCCCCCUUUUUUUAAACCUUCUUUUGGGCAAAACACAGCAUGGAGGUUGUCAUGUCAAUCUGGUGAGUACCCUCUCUUUGACACAUUUUUUUUUGGGCCCCCCCCCUUGAAGAACACUGGCUACCCCCCUGAAAGAGCUCAUUUUAAUUACCCAUUUAUUUUUUCUCUGCAGAUUACAACAUGUUUUUCCAAGAUCUUUAAUGAGUGUCCACUUCAUAUCUAUUGUACUGGGCUUUGGGUAAAUCCUAGCACAGGAGGUGAGACAGAAAUUAUUAUGAUUGUUUUUACUGUUAUUUUUAUUGAUAUUUGUUAGGUGGUUUUGUGCCAUGCUUCCAAAAAUUUAUGUGAUCGUCCAAGUCUGCAUUUAAACACACAACAUGGUUUUAACAUACUUUUAGCUUUACCUUUUUUUUAAUAGCAUCUUUGUUGAAUUUUUUUCAUAGAGAGACACAUCAUUGUUGGAGCAGAGGAAGGUGUUUAUUCUCUGAACUUCAGUGAACAAUUACAUGAAGCAGAAAUGGAACAGGUAGAACCAUGGCUAUUCUCAACUUGUAUAAGAAAUUACAUUAACCCUUUCACUCCCAUAAGUGACCAAGACAGAAUUUCUCCUUACAAUAUCAAUACAGUAUCAAGCAGGCAGGUGAUGAGAAUAGGGAAGAAUGUCAAUUACAGGAUUAUUAGUUGAUCCAAUACCAAAUUCUCUGAACUAACAUCAUAAGAAUUGUGUGGCAGAUAGUAAGGAGAAUUACUAAUUAGAUCUUGGGAGUGAAAGGGUUAACUCACCUCAGCUCCCUAAGAAAUGUGUAAAGAACAGUAUGGAAAAUAUGUAUAUUGAUGUUGGGGUGUAAAGGGUUAUCAGUGGUAUGCUACAAACUAGUAUACAACAAACCCUCACUGCCAUUGACUAUAAGAACAAGUAGUAGCCUUGCCAUUUUUAAAAAGCAACUUAAAACAUUUCUAUUUAGGAAAGCUUUUAAUUUGUUUCAAUAGUUCUAAUGUUUAUUGCCUUAGAAUAUCUUAAUUUUUAAUUUGUUUAAAACUUUACCUUAUGUAAAGGGCUUCUGAAUAUUGUUUAUAGUUUUAGCGCUCUAUAAAUUCCUUAUCGUUAUCAUUAUCAUUAUCAUUAACCUUUUAUUAUGCAUAACUUUAUAAUUCACUCGCCAGUUUUCUUGCCUUUUUUCAUAGAUUUGUGCUAAGAGAUGUACGUGGCUGUCAGUUUUCCAAAACGUGAUGGUGUCACUUCAAGGUAAUGUUCCCCAACCUAACCCUUAUUAUCACCUACUGAUAAGGGCCAGGUUGUUCAAAGCUAGGUUAAGAUAAUCCAGGGUUACAACUGUGAAAUCUGGUUUCAGAUCUGAAAGCUCUAAAAGAAAAUCCAGUCUAACUCUCUUUGUCCAAAAUAUGAUCAGUGCUUGCUCUCGAUGAUUUUCAUUAUUCUCCUCACAUGGGUACUGGAAACUAAAUAGACAGGGUUAUGAGAUGUUAGCUGUCGAUCAGUUGGUAAUUGAUGUGACAUGUAUAUUUGCAGGAUCUCCCAGUUGUGUGUACAUGCACAGCCUGCAAACACUGCACGAUAGGCAGCAAGCUUUCUUUGCCACAGUCACAAGGUAGGGCUUCUGAGUUACAAACAUGAAAUCUAGUGGUUGGGGGCCCGGAGACCGGGAGGAUCGGGGGUCAGGAUAAUGGGGGGGGGGGGGAGGGGAAGGAUUACCCCCGGAAAUCUGAGUGGGGAUGUGCUGCCCAGUUCUCCAAAUUCUGAUUUUAAUGCAGACCAAGACGUACCAUGUUCAAUACCCAUUUUCAAAGGGUAGAUAACAGUGUCCUACGGGUAAAUCGGUAUCAAGCUGAUGAAUAUUGACGAAAAAGUAAUGCUCUAUCCACCAGAUAGAGAAUUACUCCGUGGAUUGCGUCAUCCACUCUUUAAACAACCGGAUCUGGUCUCUAAAAUCUAUAUCCGUUUUCAGGCCUUGCUUCUUUUAGUUACACCUGUUAUUAGAAUCUAUUGACUCUUUGAACCGCAAGAGUGCCUGGCAUCAAAUUUCUCCCAACAAUAUCAGCCUUGUAUCAAACAUUUAGGUCAUGAGAAUAAAGGAAAUGAUCACCAACUGAAGCAGCCCUUGAUUGUUAAACAAAUUCUCCUUGUCAGAACCUUACGAAGUGUCUCGAGAACAGUAUGGAGAAUAUGCAUAUUGAUUUUAGGGUGUAUAGGGUUAAAAUCGUGUCCGAUUUAAGGCCAUCACUAUCAAAAUCUAUACCCGUUUUCAGGCCAGUACUGUGCAAAAAACAUCGUAUUCAAAAUCAAUUUUAUACAAUAAAAGCCCGCAAUUUCAGCUGUCACGUUUUGUGAAUAUUAAAUUGAAACUGUCUUACCGUAUCUGAAGUUACUAGCUAGUUGUAGAGCUCUUCAUUGGGUGCACUAUUUUCAUUUUUUAUUUCUUUAAUUCUCUCUCCUAAAGGAAUAACAGAAUUUCCGAAACAAGAGGUUGUUCCAAGUGCUGUAUUGGUAAGCUAUUCUCGUGUUAAAUUUUACAUCCAUAGGUACUCGUCGCGCUAGGCGAAUGGAACGGAAAAUAACGUACACUUACACAACUGGAUAAUUAAUAACUUUAUCAAAAAACAAGUGAUUCUGCGUGCGCUCUCAUUGGUCGAUGGUGUGUAAUGUAAUAGUAUUCAAACACGGUUGUGACGUAUUAGAUUCAUGCGACUUUAUCGAUCAAUUAUCGAUCGUUUUCACAUAACCAUGGUGACCUUACUUAUGAUCUACAGGAGGACAGACACAAAGAUGACGCCACCAUGAAAAACAGUUGGCUUUUUUUAAUAAAACAAAUAGCUUCUAUGUUGCCGUUUGUUUUUAUAGUAACAGAUCACAGAAGACGUCAGAAGGUGGUCAGAAAAGCAAGGGCAAACUCGGCUGCACCUCGUGCGCCACCCUUUUGGUCUUACCACAUUCUGAGGUCGUCUGGGGUUUAAUUUUAAUUCUGAUCAGACGCACGGCAACGUAGACACUAUUUGUUAAACAGACCCACAAUGACAUUCCAUUUUUUUCAAGCUUAUAGCUCCCUUGCAAUUCAACUUAAUCUUUUCUGUUUUUGUUGUUUUUAUUGUUUUUAUUUUUACAGUAAAUAACCCGUACAACAGUCAGGUGUACCUCUGUGUAGCGGUGCAGAAGAGUGUCUUUCUCUACCAGUGGUAUGAGCCGUGGGGAAGGUUCAUGAAAGUGCAGGUAAUCAUUCGGUAGACCUCGAUGAGUUUUAGCCCGAAUGUCUUGAAACUCGACUCCAACCUCGUUGCUCGAUGUUUGAGAGAAUCGAGAGUGAGGAUUGAGUUUCUAGAGAAUCAAUGUUAACUUAAAUCUAGAUUGCGAGCUGGUCCUUUUUAGUAGCUCUUCUUCGCGAGCCGGCGAGAGGUCUGUAAGGGGUCUGGUACUAAUCAACCAGACCCCCAGCAAACCUCUCCCCGACUCGUCUCAAAUCUUCCUGCGAGCGGAGGAACACGCGUCCUGCAGCGCAUGUAAUGAUUGCCUGCUCGCAGGCUAACUAAAUGCGAGAGCAACAGUGAAGUGUAGCUUCUCCUCAGCGCUUACUUCAUGUUUUCUUUUCUGUUGGCAGUACUAUGAUGUGGAUAUUCCGUCACCACCGCCACUGUUCGAACCGCUUGUGAAACAAGACCUGGAAUACCCCAUGAUAUGUGUUGGAGUCAGAGAAUUGUAAGUAAAGUAAUAUAUAGAUUUAGCCAAACCUAGAAGCGGAGCUCGCAUUUUUUUUUCCCGCACGUCCUAAGGGCAUAACGUCUUGCCCCGACCAGGACUAAAACCCGGUUCGUCCGACUCGGAGCCUAGUGCACUGACCACUGGACUACUGGACAAAGCCGUGGCGUUGGCGUGCCCGCGGCACAGUUGAUCACGCAUGUUAAAAGUAGCACCUUGUACGAUCGGUCGUACGGUCGUAAGUCCAAAUUUUUUCGGCUUGAUGGGUUACUAGUACCAUUUUGUAUAAUUAUGGGGCUACGCUCUGCGAGCUCCGCCAUGAUACAGUGAAACCUGUGCGAUCAAGCUGAUUUGUGAAAGGGGUAACUUGUUUUUCUGAGAUAUUUUUCUGUUUAACCCCUAAGGGUGACUAGCAUCUAAUUUCUCCUUACAAUAUCACCCCUGGAUCACACGUUAAGGUCACUAGAAUAAAGAAAUGACCACCAGCCAAAGAAGCUCUUGAUUGUUUAACAAAUUCUCCUUGUCAGCACCUUAGGAAAUGUAGAAUUUGUAUACUGAUAUUAGGGUGGAAAGGGUUAAUAAUACUUUUUUUAUCCUGUUCUCUCGGUAGGGCCGAUGGUAGCCUUCAUUUUGAAUGCGUGAAUUUGAAUUCCUUAUCAAAUUGGUUCACAGAACUACCUGAAGGUAAGGAAAACUUGUCUGUUUUUCCUAAAAAAAAUUAUUACUGUUAUUGUUACGGUAACCAUUAUCAAGCAAAGAAAUGGUCCUCAAAGUUGGACUAAAAUUUUGGCAAUUGCAGAAAAGAAGGCUGAAAAUGUCCAAAUCCUAGUUGGGCGUUUCUACCAACUGAGCUACGAAGCCAUUUAUGUCAUUACAAAUUGCUAUUACCAUUAUUAUUGUUACAAUUAUUGUUGUUAUCUCUGCUAAAAUGCAUUUACUGUUUUGACUGUUUGUUUUACCGUCUAUUUUGUAUAAUAUUUUUAGGGAAAAAAAUUGAAGUGGAUAGUGUGGACCACUUGGAAAAAGAUACAGUUCUUGUUUCAUUCAACAGUAUCCUUUCAGCUUUGUAACAAUGAUUGUAUGAAUUACUUUUGCGUAAAACUUGGAAAACAAACAGUACCACAAUAAAGUACUGCUCACUAGCUUUCAUAUAAAUGGUUACACUCUAGGGUUUCACGCACAGACUCACAAGUUAGCACCACCUUGUAUAGCAUAACAAAACGAUAGAGUUCAUGUUUGCGGGCAUAGAUAUGUUUUUGGCCCGACUCAGAGUCGUUUUAUUAUUUAUUAUACCGUACAGCGUGGUUCUUGUGUAACGUUGCUCUGAGAAUGGCCCAAAACAUAUUUAUGCCUAAGAACGUAAACUGCAUUAAUAUUAUUAUCACUUUGGAGGGCGUUGAGAAAAUACAAGAAACUGAAAAAAAAAAAUGACAACAAACCAGUCGGAUCAAUCACGCGGGCAUGUGAGCAAAUUGGCCCGCGAAAUGCGCCACAAUGCUCGGCAAAGUGAUGAUAAUAAACAGCGAGAGAUGAAAGAACAGCAUAGUGGUAUCGUUGAAUGGUACACUCUUACUUUUCAUCCGCAAUCCUAGAAAUAAGACCAACCUUGUACAGGAUAAUGAACAAUACCACACGAAAGUGUUACACAGAAGCUCUCAUUUGAAUGGUGGCACACAAGGGUUUUCUCCUCAGAUUUCAGAUUUAAUAUUGAGAGCCACCUUGUACCACGUAAUUAAUAGCACCUCAUGAAAUUGCUGCAGCUUUCGUUAGAGUGGUCCGCUUUGCACUUGAUUUAUUGGCACAUGAUUGAAAAGUUAACCCUCUAGAAACGAGGACUGAUUUCCUUAUUGCAGCCUUGUCUUGCCCGAGCAAGGCAUUUCUUAGCUCUCUACCUAGCUGUGUAAAUGGGACCAGCGAUCUGUCAAAAAUUACCAAAAUUAGAUUCUGAAAAUGUCAGUACCGAAUAUUCGCGACGUACUUUGUCGUCGUUCCAGUUUUGAGUGCUAGGCCUACUAGAUGUCAGCUAAAAUUUUAUCUUCCGUUUAACUUGUGGGAACAGAAAUAGUCAAGUUUGUCAAUCUGGAAGGCAAAACGAAACAGUUCAGAAGACAAUUGUCAGAAAUACAUUUUGAUAUCAAGCCAGAAUCUGUGGGUAAGUAUUUUCAAUUUUAUGAUAAGCUGAAUCAUACACGCAGUUUGAUUGGUUCUUUCGUUUGAUCCAUUAAAGGUCAGACGCAUAGACAUUUUGCUUUUUCAUCAGAAAAAAAAAAUAACUAGAUUCCAUGUUACUGUAGGUCUGUGACACAUAUCGGAGACACACUCAACUUUGCCUUCUGUGACACUCUUUUGUGCGUACCAAAUUUUGACGUCAUCUGUAAUCUAUCACUGAACAGACGCGUGGCAGCAUGGAAUCUGUUCGUUAAUGUGAUAAUAAUAAUUUUAAAAAAAAAGUAGAUGAAAGUCCAAGUUUCCACGUUAAACGUUGAAAGGUUAUUGUGAAGAAGAUAGCCGCGUUUCUUUUUGUGUCCGAUGUUGUUAGACAUGGUGGCCUGAGCCUGGUUGUUCUAAGCUGGAUUAAGAUAACCCAGGGUUAGUGUGAAAUCUGGUUUUAAUUCUCAAGGCUUAAAAUGAAAGUUGUCUACAAUAUGGUGAUCGGAUGCUCCGAUAAGAACAGAGAAAAUUAUCCAAAAAGGGCUUUUGAACAAAGAAUUAAAGAACCCCGGAUUAACAUUUAACCUUGGAUUAGUGCCAAUCAGCCUAAGAACAACUGGGCCCUGGUGUUUGGCACCGCGCCAAUUGCAAUGGCCAAUCAGAUCGAACGUAGAAAACACAACGGACCAAUAAGAACUGAAAGCAAAGGCACGUAUCCAAUGUAAAGAGCGGGAAGACACGUGCAAUCAAAUCGUAACUGAGCAAACGUUUAAGGUAAAUCACUGUUGUCGUUGUUGUUAUUUUUCAGUCUGUUUACAAGGUAGCGUUCUAGCGUUUCAUGAGCAUGGGUUGCAGGGAAGAAGUCUUCACAGUGGAAAGGUAAAAGGAUUGGACGUUAUUAAGUCCAUGUUAGCAAUGGAAACCAUUGUCGACGACACGCUUUUCAUGGGAAACUUUUUGGAAUGGAACAGUCCAUUUUAGGGUCUUGUUCUUAGUUGCUAAGCCUUUGAACAGGAGCGAGGCUGCGGUUCACCUCGUUAUGAUACCAACCUCGAUGUCAUGCGAACUAGUUUCCUCUCUGUUCUAAAGUCAGGCAACAGAGCACAGAACUGUAAAAUUGACUGAAAGUGACACAAGUGUUAUUGAUCUGUUGUGUUUAGAGAGUACUGCUUGCUUGUUUGUUUGAUCGUUUGGUUAUUGUUCACCAUGUUUACCUUUUCUUCAAGGUUAAUGUCGAGAUGAACGAUCCCCGACGCACGUUUAGACUGCUGGGAUGCGAGAGGUAGGAAUGCAUUACUUAUGGCCUGUUCGAUCCGUGCACUGUCUGAUCUCGCUCGUGUUAACAACCCUCUCAGAGCGUCGACAUACCUGAAGCUAGAUAAAUAGACCGAAACAAAGACAGACAGACCGAUGGACAAACCGGCAGACAGACAGACAGACAGACAGACAGAAAGACAGACAGACCGACAGACUAACCAGCAGACAGGCAGACAGACAGAAAGGCCGUUAGACAGGUAGAGAGACAGACCAAUAGACAGACAGAUAGACAGACCGAUAGAUAGGGCGACAGACAGAAAGACCGUUAGACAGGUAAAGAAACGGACAGACAGAAAGACAGACCGAUAGAGAGACCGAUAGAUAGACAGACAGACAGAUAGAUAGACAGCCAGUCAGCCGGACAGACAGACCGACAGACAGCCAGAGAGGCAGACAGAGAAUUAGAUGACAAGUGAGUUCGUCUGUUCGUCCGUGGGUCCCUCAGUCUGUCACUUAUACACUUAGACAGCAGAAAGUCAUUCAGGCAAUCUCAUUUACAGGUUUAUGGGUUAGCUUUUGGCAAACAGAGGAAAAGGACAACAGAAUAAGGAAGACAAAGUGUGGUUUUGAAUGUACAAGUUGUGUCAGACAGGAUUAAUUUCGUUAUUUUAUUUCCCAAACAGCAUUGCAGUUGUUGAGAGUAAACCUUCCGACAACCCUAAUGCACCGUGCAAUCUGUACAUACUGGCCAGCAACCGCAACCAACAGAAGUAGUCUUCCCCGGAGGAAGAGGCUCAAACAUGCGGUGUCUACCCCUGAGGGAGGCAAAUCACCUUCAGAGCGCGGAGCAUGCAGUUCGUGUUUAAUUACCCCAAUCUAGAUUUCACGUUAAACUUUUUAGAAUUCGUUUACGUCGCAAGCAAUUUUUAUUACGGGUUCGCCCAUAGUUAUGUUUUUUCGUGGCGUAUGUAGAGACAAAAAACCUCGAGGCAUUAUUUAAUUAUUAAUGAACUGAAAACUCUGAGAGGAUUUUAGACGAACCCGCGAAACAUGAGAGUGGUUGAGAAAUUAUGAGUUGUUGUAUUGUACCUACUAAAAAUCGCGCCCAACUUAAGAGUUUGAAAUUAGCAUUGAAAAAACACUGAAAAACCAUGAAGAGUUCCUCAGAGACGGAAGCACUCAGUAUAGAGACUAUGUACAAAAAAUACAAUUUUUCUAUUUUUUUAAUGUUGUUUUAAGUGAAACGAUUGUAUUUGUUAUCGUAAAAUAUUUAGAUGCACACUACAAAAGUCAAUGUUUUUACAGUAGGACUUGAUUCCUUUGCAAAGUAUUUUGCUAAACAAGAAGGAAAACUUCGCAUCUGAUUAGUAGUUUUGUAUCAAAGAAAACAUUUUUAUCUUAAAACCUAUCGCUGAGUACUUAUCACGCCAUGUUAGUAAAUUCUGUUACAAACAAUCUACAUUAUCGUUAAGCUGUUGUUGUAUUCUCUCAAAUAUACAUUUUUUCAACAGUGUAGAGCGCUCUUCGAUUGCAUGCCGGGAAGAAGCGAGCGACCAAGUCGCCAGCGGCUUUAGUUUUGAAUCUGAUUGCCUCAGACCGUGGUGCGUGUUUCUGGACCCGAUGCAGAGCGAAAUAUCGCGAAACCGAAGCAAUUUUUGAAUUACAUUUGACACUCAGUCGAAAAUUGCUUCAAGCUGCUCUUAAUUGGACAACCAUCAGAUUACAACAAUAUGAAGCUUCUCAAUCAGAAAGUUAAACAAUAAUUUCAGUUUAUUAUACCAUUAACAAUUUCACAAAGAGGGAUAACAAUUUUUUUCACUUUUUUAUUGAAUGUACAAUUGUAAAGAAUACUUUCUUAGUGAAAAAUGUUCAAUUUUAGAUCAAUGUUUGGAUUAAUUGCUAUCUUUAAUGAUGAUAUUUUUAAUUACGAUACCAAACAUCUGAAAAUGUAAUGGCGUAUUAAUUCGUGCGCUACUCAAUUUAUUUUUUUAGCGUUUUGUAAAGAAGUUUAAAGUCAUUUUUAGUAUAAUAUCGAUAAAU